CCAUAAAAGCAGUAGUUAUAUAGACAGAGAGAAAGUGCCCUAGGAUUUGAACCAGAGUGCUACUGCUUACGAUCAUCUGCCAUUCUUUUAUUUCCCACAUUUCUUCCAACUCUCAACACUCGUGCCUCAAUUUUCUGCUUAUAAUCAUGGGUUCAGAUGCUGAUAUGGAGGAUUAUGGGUUCGAGUACUCAGACGAGGAGCCUGAGGAGCAGGACGUUGUUAUUGAGAAUCAGUAUUACAACUCCAAAGGAUUGGUUGAAACAGACCCAGAAGGAGCACUUGCAGGUUUUGCACAAGUUGUUAGCAUGGAACCAGAGAAGGCAGAAUGGGGGUUCAAAGCACUGAAGCAAACAGUUAAGCUUUAUUAUCGUUUGGGGAAGUAUAAAGAAAUGAUGGAUGCUUACAGGGAGAUGGUUACAUACAUUAAAUCAGCAGUCACACGUAACUACAGUGAGAAAUGUAUAAACAACAUCAUGGAUUUUGUUUCUGGAUCAGCUAGUCAAAACUUUGGUCUUCUGCAAGAAUUUUAUCAAACUACCCUGGAGGCCCUGGAAGAAGCAAAGAAUGAGAGACUUUGGUUCAAGACAAAUCUUAAGCUCUGCAAGAUAUGGUUUGACAUGGGUGAAUAUGGGCGGAUGAGCAAGAUUCUGAAGGAACUCCAUAAAUCUUGUCAACGAGAAGACGGAACAGAUGACCAAAAGAAAGGCAGUCAACUUCUGGAGGUAUAUGCAAUUGAGAUUCAAAUGUACACUGAGACCAAGAACAACAAAAAGCUAAAGCAAUUAUACCAAAAAGCACUUGCGAUCAAGUCAGCAAUUCCACAUCCACGAAUAAUGGGGAUAAUUCGAGAAUGUGGUGGGAAGAUGCAUAUGGCAGAGCGUCAAUGGGCUGAGGCUGCAACAGAUUUCUUUGAAGCUUUCAAGAACUAUGAUGAGGCUGGGAACCAAAGACGCAUACAAUGCCUAAAAUAUCUGGUCCUGGCAAACAUGCUGAUGGAAUCUGAAGUGAAUCCAUUUGAUGGUCAAGAGGCAAAGCCAUAUAAAAAUGACCCUGAGAUUUUGGCAAUGACGAACCUUAUAGCAGCAUAUCAACGAAAUGAAAUACUAGAAUUUGAGAAAAUCCUGAAGAGUAACAGAAGGACAAUUAUGGAUGAUCCAUUCAUACGGAAUUAUAUUGAAGAUCUCUUGAAGAAUGUCAGAACUCAAGUACUCCUCAAGCUUAUUAAACCUUAUACAAGAAUUCGGAUACCAUUCAUAUCAAAGGAACUCAAUGUGCCAGAAAAAGAUGUCGAGCAGCUGUUGGUUUCAUUGAUAUUGGAUAAUCGCAUUGAUGGACAUAUUGACCAAGUGAACAGGCUUUUGGAGCGUGGAGACAGGUCAAAGGGAAUGAAAAAGUAUACUGCCAUCGAUAAAUGGAAUACACAACUUAGAUCACUUUAUCAAACUGUCGGUAACCGUGUGUUCUAAGAUUUUGUUUAUGUCACGAUUUCCAUCUGGUAGAGGUACUUCUCAGUAUUUUGGUAGGAACUUUUCCUCUCUCGUGUGGAACAAAAAGGCUUUUUUUUUAAAAAAUUUGAGAUUAUAAAUUGGUAUUUCAUAAAAUAUUUAUUUUAUAUUUAAAUAAAAAAAAAUGCCUAUUCAACUA